GGGGCGGCGCGCGGGCAGCRUGGUCCGUGCCGCUGACCCGCGGGCGAAAAAAAAAGUUGCUUAGAGUUAGCGGUCACAACACACUUCCAAUAUGUCUGAUGAUGACGAGACACAAGAGCAGACCAUCGCCGAAGACUUGGUGGUUACCAAGUACAAGAUGGGAGCAGAGAUUGCAAAUCAGGUCCUGAAGAUGUUAGUGGCAGCAGCCACUGCUGGGGCCUCUGUACUCGGCCUCUGUGAGAAAGGUGAUGCAUUGGUUGCAGCAGAAACCGGUAAAAUCUUCAAGAAGGAAAAAGACAUGAAGAAAGGCCUAGCUUUUCCUACCUGUGUGUCUGUUAACAACUGCGUCUGCCAUUUCUCCCCUUUGAGAAGUGACCCUGAAGUCUUGCUGAAGGAUGGGGACCUUGUAAAGAUUGAACUGGGUGUGCAUGUCGAUGGCUUCAUCUCUGAUGUGGCUCACAGCUUCGUCAUUGGAGCGAACAAGGACAACCCUGUGACGGGACGGAAAGCUGAUGUUAUCAAAGCAGCUCACCUGUGUGCAGAAGCUGCUCUUCGGCUUGUCAAGCCAGGGAAUCAGAACACACAGGUCACAGAAGCCUGGAACAAGAUCGCCAAGUCCUUCAAAUGCUCCCCUGUCGAAGGCAUGCUGUCUCAUCAGCUUAAACAGCAUGUGAUUGAUGGGGAGAAAACCAUCAUUCAGAACCCCUCGGACCAGCAGAGAAAGGACCACGAGAAGGCUGAGUUUGAAGUGCACGAGGUGUAUGCAGUGGACGUGUUCGUCAGCACCGGAGAGGGGAAGGCAAAGGAUUCGGGUCAAAGGAUCACAGUUUACAAGCGAGACCCUAACAGGCAGUACGGCUUGAAGAUGAAGGCGUCCCGCACCUUCUUCAGCGAGGUGGAAAGGCGCUUCGACACAAUGCCUUUCACCCUGAGAGCAUUCGAGGAUGAAGGAAAGGCCAGGCUGGGAGUGGUGGAGUGCGCCAAACACGAGCUGCUGCAACCGUUCACCGUGCUGCAUGAGAAGGAGAACGAGUUUGUGGCCCAGUUCAAGUUCACCGUGCUGCUCAUGGCUAACGGACCUCUGCGGAUCACCAGCUCUCUCUUUGAGCCUGAACUCUACAAAUCUGAGCAUGAAGUGGAGGAUCCUGAGCUAAAAGCUUUGAUUCAGAGCUCAGCCAGCCGGAGGACUCAGAAGAAGAAGAAAAAGAAGGCCUCAAAGACUGUUGAGAGUGCAACAGAACAGGCGAUGGAGACCGAAGCUGCAGAAUAAAAUCUGAAUAAAUGGCGACAGAAAUCUGAAGACCCAAAGAACAGACGGCACGAUUAGCUCCUGUCCCAGCCAGCUAAGGCACUCGAGGACACAGCCGCUGUGAACACCUCUGAAUCUAACUGAUGUCAGCCUGGGAUGAUGCUGCUCCUGCAUCCUGAAACACACACACACACUUCUCUAACUGCAGACAACCCAACUCUGACCACUCACACACAAACAUACAUUUAGUAAGCUUUUUGCUGCAGUUCUACCAUGGAAGAGAUGUUUUGUGCAUAUCCUCAUGAGAUCACCAUUCCUCUUUGAUUUAUUCUCCUCGGUUAGUGUGGUGAACAAAGUGGGAAAUGAAAGGAGUUUGAGCAGCUGAGGAUGAGGAAUGCACAGUGCUGUGUCGUGGCUUUUGAAGAAAUUCCUGUCAGUCACCCUAAAUCCAUGCCUUUGAAAGCAGUGUGAACUUUUUGUGGACACAUCUGUCACCGUGACGUCAUGAUUCAGUGCUCUUAAAUGAAAUUUCAUCGCAGCGUUUAUACUUCCAACUCUUAGGCCUGGGCUUUAGUUGAUGCUUCCAGGAKUCCACAGUAGGUUAUUUGGAUCACUUCUAAAACUGACAUAUGAAUACCUUUUUAAUUUCUUUUCUUCUGUGGUGGAAGGUCUGUCCUUCCUGCCAAGGGUUGAACAUUCAGUCCUUUGGUGCCACUACUGAGUCUGACAGUCUGUUUUUACAUAUGAAGUCUGUACUGGUUAGAUAGAUUGAUGGAUGCUUUUGUAAUACAAAUCCCAGUUACAGCGACUAUUUUUGGGAACAAUAAAUAACCAUCUGGCAUCA